AUAUUCCACGAAUAAUGGAGACGUUAUUACCGGGGAAUGCGAACAGUCAGUCGUAUAGCCCGCAGCUGAAGACCGUGUUGAAGACAUAUCAAUUAUCUGCUGUGAAAAGCUUACAGGGUCCGAGCUCGGCCCUGCUUGGUAUGGACUGCAAAAGCCUACUACAGGAGGAACCCUGUUACUCGCCCAACCGAUCGAGUGGUUGCGUUGCCGAUGCGGAACCGAUCUCUAAGGACAUCACCGAGAAGGACAACAACAAUCCGUCGGUAACGCCUAUCGGCCCUUGCAAGGCCUCGGUUCGUAGAACCGAGCAACCGCACGAAGACUCGGACGAAGAUCCGCAACUGGAACGUUCGAAGAACGCUUCUGAGAAGAGGGAAUUGGAAUUUCAGAUACCAAUCUUGACAGCACCGGACCAAAGUUGCUCCGAGAGAUGCGAAACAAUCCUCGAGGGCGAGAGGAUAUCGUGUUUUGUUGUAGGCGGUGAGAGGAGGUUAUGUUUACCGCAGAUAUUGAAUACUGUUCUGCAAGAAUUUUCGCUUCAUCAAAUCAAUCAGGUCUGCGACGAGUUGCAAAUCUAUUGUUCGCGAUGCACUCGUGAUCAAUUAGAGGAACUUAAGCAUUCGGGAAUUCUACCGCGUAACGCACCUUCCUGUGGCCUUAUCACUCAAACAGAUGCCGAGAGGCUCGUCAGUGCUUUGCUGUUACGGACAGAGUCGUGCGAUCCUUCCCAGAUCGGUAAUCAAGAUAGCCUCGAUAAGAAAGCAUGUACCAAAAGUGACGACGAGGAGUCUAUUGUCAAGUUUAAGGUAUAUCACGAGUGCUUCGGUAAAUGUAAAGGAAUCUUCGAUGCGAGUCUGUUCGAGUCGGACGAGUCUGUAUGUAUAGAGUGUACAGAAUGUGGCUAUCAAUUCUCGCCCCAACGUUUUGUCAGGCAUGCUCAUAGAUCUCUUGAAAAUCGCACCUGUCACUGGGGCUUUGAUUCUGCAAAUUGGCGAGCAUAUCUGUUGCUUUCGCGAGAUCAAGAUCAUUAUAACAAGUCGCUCACCUUAUUUCGAGAACUAAAGGAGAAACAUCUCACACUGGGCUCGAAACGAAAGUCAGAGGUAGCUAAUGCAACUGAUCCAUAUCUACAAAUGUCAUGGGCAGUCUUUGAAUUAGCAGCUAGAGGAGCUUCAGCUUUUAGACCAUGGAAUACCACAAAUACUUGCAAGCAUAAGGACAAUUCGUCAUUGGUGCCUGCGUAUCUCAGUCGUGGUCCACCUGUAUUACAACAUCCAGAGCAUGUGGUUCCUUUGUCUGAAUGCAAACGUUUUGAACCGCAUUUUCAACCAAACGUAGCCUUAGCACCUAUACCUGCACCAUCAGUGCCUGUAGUACUUCCACCAUCUGCUCAUCAUCAACGACGACUUCAUCAUGAACAUAAACGUUAUAAUCAUCAUUCAUCGAGUUCUAACGAGAAAAAAGAAGUUUCGUCGGAUAAUGUCAAGUCUGAAAAAACAUCUCCCAGUUCCGGUAUCGGCGUGUAUUCCGUAUUCCCUUCAUACGCAGCGAAUACGACCGAAAGCGAUCAGAAAGAACUGUCACAAAAAACUAAACAUGAAAUGGGUGAAGAAGAAGAAAGUAGUGCCGCUGUAACAUCUUCGACGAUAAACAUAGAACCACCUUUAGCCGAAAUCGGAACCUCUUCACUGGAAAGUGAUUCCGACUCAGAAGGAACGGCAGCGAUAGAUUUGGAGGAAAGGUUAUUAGCUUUGGAUGUACCACAAGAUGUUCUAGAAUUGGCACGACGCAUAGUUUCAGAAAAUGCACAAUUACGACGUCAUCGGCGUUCAGACGCACGCGAAAUAUCACGAUUACGUAAUCAGUUACAAAUGCAACAAAUACAAUCGUCUAGUGAUGGUGAUAAAAAGGAGGAACUGACAAACGCAGCAAGUGCAGCAGACAGUACAGAAGGUAGUGAAGAAACGGAAGUUAUAUUACCGUCAACUAAUAAAGAGUCUGAACCUAUUGUUCUAGCUGUUACGGGAGUACACAAUUUUAAUUUGGAAAAAGAUUGUGCAGGAGCAGGUGGUACAGGACUUGGCUUAGGAACAAAAGUACCAUUGCCUCCUGGUCGUAUAACAGGAAGUGCUAGUAUUGAGACAUUAGUCCGUGUAGGUAUAGAAAAAGAAAAUGGACUGUCGCCAGAUAGUAAAAUGGUUAUUGUUCAUGAUUUUACGCCAUGUGUUGAUGAUGAACUUCAAGUAAAACGAGGCCAGGUUGUAAAUGUUUUAUAUAGAGAGAAUGAUUGGGUAUAUGUAAUAGCAGCUGAUACACGUAUGGAAGGUUUUGUCCCACAUUCAUAUUGUGCACCUUAUACAUCUCAGCUUGCUGAAUUAACACUUGCAACUCUUAUGAACAAUGUGAAAAAGAAAUUACCAAGGUCUAAUGAGACUGAUUGUGAUUUUGCUGGUACAGGUCGUUCACAAACUAUAGAUACGCAACAGACUGACACUGGAUCAGCAUCAGACUGUGAAAGUUAUGCUCGUAAUGUCACUACUGCUGAUGUGAAUGUUAAUAGGUCUAACAUUACACAGUCACAAAAUUCUAUUCAAACUGUAUCCUCUCAACCAGACGUACACCCUUUUUUCAAGGAUCCAUCUGCUGGAAGAUAUAUUGUACUUUAUACUUUUGUAGCCAGAGAUGAAAAUGAUGUUAGUGUUGAAAGAGGUGAAUUUGUAACUGUACUCAACCGAGAUGAUCCUGACUGGUUUUGGGUACUUAGACAUUGUGAUGGUAAUGAAGGAUUUGUGCCAUCUGGAUUUGUAUAUCCAGGACAUGUUCUUCAUUCGUAUGCAACAACAACUACUACAACCACCACUACUACUACAGUAGCUACAACAUCUACAGAAACACAUGGCUUAGGGAAAGGGAACAACAACAUGUCAGGGAAUGAAUCAUUGCAGCAAAAAGGCUUGCGAGAUUUUCGAGACGAAACAAAUGGCACAGAAUUAGUUGUACUUUAUGAUUACAAGGCGCAGGCGCCAGAUGAUUUAUCUGUGAGAAGAGCUGAUUGGAUAUAUGCAGAUUUAGGAAAUCAAACUGUGGACGGUUGGUUAUGGGCAUAUGCGCCUAAAACUCGAAAAUAUGGAUUUAUUCCAAAAGCGUACGCCCGACCUCCUGCUAUGACAAGUUUAUAACAUAUCACAGACAUACUUUUCUAUCCUUUUGCGUUUUAUACAUAUAUUCAAAUAAUAUACUAUUACAUAGUAUUACACUGCAAAUGGUAUCCGACAAUUUGAAUAUACAUCAAAGAUACAAUUUUCUUCGUGUAAGUAUUAUUAUUAAUGGGGGAUAAAUUGGAAUUUAAUUAUAUACAUACAUGAAUUUUGUAAUAUAUUUAAUGUACAGUAACAUUAACAUUGAGUGUAGCACAAUCUGAUGUAAUG